CACAGUCCUGGCUGCGGGAGCCGAGUCGCCGUCGCCGCCGCCGCCUCCAGCGGACGGGGCGGGGAUCCCGGUGCCAGGUCCUCGUCGGCCCGCCCCUGCCGCCUCAGUCGGCCGUCCCGGGCUGGGCCCGACCGUCAUGGAGCGGGGCGGGACCUCCGCCUGUUCCGUGUGAGGCGCGUCGCCGCCGCCCCCGCCUGCGCCUUUCCAGCCCUCCCGAACCCCCGCCGCCGCCGCCCGGAGCCCCUCGCCCUUGGCAGCCUGUCGCCGCCCCCCUCCCCCCGGGCGGGCUCGUAUGCGCGUCCGGUGAAGGUGCAGGCCCGGCGCCGCCGCUGCCGCAGCUGGGAGAUGGUUCGGGCCUAGCGGAGCAGGGAUUGGAGGGAAUCUAGAGCAACAGCAAAGCUGAGGUCAAACUGCCAUAAGGAUGGACACCAAGGAAGCUGUGUUUGGGACAAAAAGAAAUCAAGAUAAGCAACAUGAACCGUGAAGACCGAAAUGUGCUGCGUAUGAAAGAACGGGAAAGGCGGAAUCAGGAAAUUCAGCAGGGCGAAGACGCCUUCCCACCUAGCUCUCCUCUCUUUGCCGAGCCAUACAAAGUUACUAGCAAAGAAGAUAAGCUAUCAAGUCGUAUUCAGAGUAUGCUUGGAAAUUACGAUGAAAUGAAGGAUUUCAUAGGAGACAGAUCUAUACCAAAGCUUGUUGCAAUUCCCAAGCCUACAGUACCGCCGACAGCAGAUGAAAAAUCGAACCCGAAUUUCUUUGAACAGAGACAUGGGACCUCUCAUCAGAGUAGCAAAUGGACUCCAGUAGGACCUGCACCCAGUACUUCUCAGUCUCAGAAACGGUCCUCAGGCUUGCAGAGUGGACACAGUAGCCAGCGGACCAGUGCAGGUGGCAGCGGUGGCACCAGCAGUGGUGGCCAGAGGCAUGACCGUGACUCAUACAGCAGUAGUGGAAGCAGUAAUCGGAAAAAAGGCCAGCAUGGGUCGGAACACUCCAAAUCACGCUCUUCCAGCCCUGGAAAACCCCAGGCUGUGUCUUCAUUAAGCUCCAGUCAUUCCAGGUCUCAUGGGAAUGAUCACCAUAGCAAGGACCAUCAGCGUUCCAAAUCACCUCGGGACCCUGAUGCAAACUGGGAUUCUCCUUCCCGUGUACCUUUUUCAAGUGGGCAGCAUUCAAAUCAGUCUUUCCCACCUUCAUUGAUGUCAAAGUCCAGUUCAAUGUUACAGAAACCCACUGCCUAUGUGCGGCCCAUGGAUGGACAGGAGUCCAUGGAACCAAAGCUGUCCUCUGAGCACUACAGCAGCCAAUCCCAUGGCAACAGCAUGACUGAACUGAAGCCCAGUAGCAAAGCACAUCUCACCAAGCUGAAAAUACCUUCCCAACCAUUGGAUGCAUCUGCUUCUGGUGACGUGAGCUGUGUGGAUGAAAUUCUUAAAGAGAUGACGCAUUCAUGGCCUCCCCCUCUAACGGCUAUUCAUACACCAUGCAAAACAGAACCUUCCAAAUUUCCUUUUCCAACUAAGGAAUCUCAGCAGUCCAGUUUUGGCCCUGGAGAACAAAAAAGAUACAAUCCUUCUUCUAAAACUUCAAAUGGACACCAAUCUAAAUCUAUGUUAAAAGAUGACUUAAAACUAAGCAGCAGUGAAGACAGCGAUGGGGAGCAGGAUUGUGAUAAGACAAUGCCAAGGAGUACACCAGGAAGUAACUCUGAACCUUCACACCAUAAUAGUGAAGGAGCUGAUAACUCCAGGGAUGAUUCUAGCAGCCACAGUGGAUCUGAAAGCAGCUCUGGAUCUGACUCAGAGAGUGAAAGUAGCUCCAGUGACAGCGAGGCAAAUGAGCCGUCCCAGAGUGCAUCUCCUGAGCCUGAACCACCACCAACAAACAAAUGGCAACUUGAUAAUUGGUUGAAUAAAGUGAACCCACAUAAAGUGUCACCAGCUUCUUCUGUGGACAGUAACAUCCCAUCAUCUCAAGGCUAUAAAAAGGAAGGCCGAGAACAGGGCACCGGGAAUAACUACCCUGAUCCAGGUGGACCUAAAGAAACUAGUUCUGCUACUCCUGGACGAGACUCCAAAACUGUCCAAAAGGGAUCAGAAAGUGGGCGAGGGAGGCAGAAGUCCCCUGCACAGAGUGACAGCACAACACAGAGGAGAACUGUAGGCAAAAAACAACCCAAAAAGGCUGAGAAGGCAGCCGCUGAAGAGCCCCGGGGAGGCCUGAAGAUAGAAAGCGAAACCCCUGUGGACAUGGCUACCAGCAUGCCCUCCAGCAGACAUAAAGCAGCCACCAAAGGCUCCAGGAAACCCAAUAUUAAAAAGGAGUCCAAAUCUUCCCCUCGACCUUCUGCAGAGAAAAAGAAAUACAAGUCAACGAGUAAAUCUUCCCAGAAAUCAAGGGAAAUUAUAGAAACAGAUACCUCAUCCUCAGAUUCGGAUGAAAGCGAGAGCCUUCCUCCUUCCUCACAAACUCCUAAGUACCCUGAGAGUAACAGGACUCCCGUGAAGCCCUCCUCAGUGGAGGAAGAAGAUAGCUUUUUUCGGCAACGAAUGUUCUCUCCUAUGGAAGAGAAGGAACUUCUUUCACCCCUCAGUGAGCCUGAUGACAGGUAUCCACUUAUUGUGAAGAUUGACCUGAAUCUCUUGACCAGAAUACCAGGAAAGCCUUACAAAGAAACAGAGCCACCCAAGGGGGAAAAGAAAAAUGUGCCAGAAAAGCACACAAGAGAGGCUCAGAAACAAGCCUCAGAAAAAGUUUCCAACAAAGGCAAAAGGAAACAUAAGAACGAAGAUGAUACCCGAGCCAAUGACAGCAAGAAACCCAAAACAGAGGACAAGAAUUCAGCAGGUCACAAGCCAUCCAGCAACAGAGAGUCAUCUAAGCAAAGUGCUGCAAAAGAAAAGGAUUUGUUGCCUUCUCCCGCGGGGCCCGUUCCUUCAAAAGAUCCAAAAACAGAGCAUGGCUCUCGGAAGAGGACUAUUAGUCAGUCGUCUUCUUUAAAGUCAAGUAAUAAUAGCAACAAGGAGAAUGGUGGCAGCAGCAAAAGCAGUUCCUCCACAUCAAAGCAGAAGAAGACUGAUGGGAAGACUUCCAGUAGCUCUAAGGAGGUCAAGGAAAAGGCUCCAAAUAGCUCCUCUAGCUGUCCUUCAUCUACACCAACUCCUGAUGCUUCUAAGCCUCGGAGAACAAAGCUUGCCUUUGACGACAGAAAUUAUUCAGCAGACCAUUAUUUACAAGAAGCAAAAAAACUAAAGCACAAUGCCGAUGCAUUGUCUGAUAGGUUUGAGAAAGCUGUAUACUAUCUUGAUGCUGUGGUAUCUUUCAUUGAAUGUGGGAAUGCAUUAGAGAAAAAUGCUCAGGAAUCCAAAUCCCCGUUCCCUAUGUAUUCAGAGACAGUGGAGCUCAUCAAAUACACUAUGAAGCUAAAGAAUUACUUGGCCCCUGACGCUACAGCUGCAGAUAAAAGGCUCACGGUACUUUGCCUGCGAUGCCAGUCUUUGCUGUACCUGAGGCUGUUCAAACUGAAGAAAGAAAAUGCUCUCAAGUACUCAAAGACACUGACGGAGCACCUGAAGAAUUCUUAUAAUAAUUCUCAAGCACCAUCACCUGGCUUGGGAAGCAAAGCUGUUGGGAUGCCUUCCCCUGUUUCUCCAAAGCUGUCGCCAGGCAAUUCCGGAAAUUACUCUUCUGGGGCCAGCACUGCUACAGCAAGUGGUUCUUCAGUGACCAUUCCACAGAGGAUCCACCAGAUGGCAGCCAGCUAUGUUCAAGUUACGUCCAACUUCCUCUAUGCCACGGAAAUUUGGGACCAAGCUGAGCAGCUUUCCAAAGAGCAAAAAGAAUUCUUUGCUGAACUGGAUAAGGUGAUGGGCCCUCUCAUCUUUAACGCGAGCAUCAUGACAGACCUAGUUCGAUACACCCGGCAGGGACUGCACUGGCUUCGCCAGGACGCCAAGCUGGUAUCUUGAACUGAACACAUCCUCGUUGCCUCUGAUUUUCUCCACAACACUGUGUCACAUCACGAAGGAAAACUGCCAUAACAUGCCACCUAGUCGACACUAAGAAUGAGGAAUGGUUUUCUCCUCCCUGGUUCAUGUGUUGUUGUUAUUUAUAACCCAAAGCCAUGAUGUCAGUUGACCCCUUUAAUAUUCCCAAUAUGAAAAGUUAUUUAAGUGUUUUUAAAUCUGCAGCACAUUGAUAAGACGGUUUCAGUGAUCUGUAAGAAGAUUGAAAUUCCAAUUGCAAUUCAUAACUAAUCAAUUGAAAUUGUAUUUAUUUUAAUUUUUUUAAGUUCCCAGAUUGGGGCUAGUUUAAAACAGUUAUUUCUGCCUAUAAAUUUACUCUGUUGAACAUUCAGCGUAAAUUUAAGGUAGGCAUUUUUAUUUAUAUACUUGGGGAGCUUUGUUACCUAAUGUCUUUUUGUGGUAGCUCUUCUGAGAGUAAGAGUUGGUUCAUCUAGAUUAUGGACAUGUUCUUUCUGUACCUGCUACCUGAUAUUAUUUUAAAUCUUAACUACAAUUUUAUUGCAGAAUUUAUGCUUAGUAUUAAGGAUAUUCUUCUACACAUGAAAAAUCAUUUAAAUAUGAGAAGAUGGCAUUCUACAGAUAGAAGAUGAAAUGUGUCUGAUUUGGUAUGCAUUAUUUCAAGAACUGUGAAUGUGUGUUAAUAACACUAUAGCAAUCACAAGGUGACUAUAGCUUGCAUUUAAUGCAUUACAAAAGAGGGCAGGCAAACUUUCUAGGAGAAGGGUAUCAUGUGAAGAGUUUCAUAAAAGGACAAUCUUGAACUUCAUGGAUUUGAUUAAAACCAUGUGUUCUUUUUUGUUGCUAAUAAUUUGACGAUUAAUUGAAACCGUAAGUUACUGUGGAACAAAGGAUGAUCCACCUCCUGAGGGUUGCUGCCUAUAUCUCUUUCAGUGACUUCAGAAUUCUUAUUUGUAAAAUGUUUUUGCCACACUAGAUUGUGAUGCUCUCCUGGGAGCAUGCAGUGACUAAUGCGGGAAUGGGCUGGAGCUUUGCUGUGGGUGCUUUUGCUAUACAAUUUAAGGUUAUAAUGCCUGAGGUAGAGAUGAAGUUCUCCUUUUAAACUUGUCUUGUACUGACUCCCUUUGUAUUAUGAAGGCCCUCACCAAUGAUUUAUGUUUCUGAUGGGAUCAGAAAAUUCACACUAGAAAAGUACCUAAUUUGGUUCAAUGUUAGCCCCCGUGGGAAGGGAAGGGGAGCAAGGGUAGAGCUUAAGCCAGCUCUGUAAGAGUUGUAUAUCAAAGUACCUUUCCCUGUAAGGUGCACAUCGGAGUCAAAGGUGAGAAAUGUACCCUCUAUCAUGCCCCUAUCAUGUCUGGUGUGCCUUAAAUCUUACCUUUGAACGAAAACUCUAUGGAUUGUUUACAGAUGAAGUUUUACACUAGGACCAGAUCGCCCAGUAUGGCUGGUCUUUGGCAGUAGUCAUGUUAAAUUCUCUUUCUUUUUUAAUCUUCCUGUAGGGUCACAUAAAGAUGAAUUUAUUUCAGAAAAGCUAACGCUUUGGUACAUGACUUAGUCUAACUGGGUACUGGCUGCUCCCAAAAAAAUUGUUUGUCAUU